GGCGUGGGGCGAGGGCAGGGUUGUGGCUCCCUGGCCCCGGGGCUGGAAUGUCGCACCUCCCUGGGGAUGGGCUUCUCUCAGGUUGAGGCGGCGGGCUGCCAAGCCUCGGCCGCCGGCCUCUGAGGCUGUUGCGAGCGGCCGGUCGCGGUAGUUGUCUGCUCGGCCGCGAGGUUGGGUGUGUGCAGAUGAUUUCUCUUUCCCGGUCCCCAUGAGCUGAUCUGGGUGCACGUUCAGGGAAAGACGGGACUAAACUGCUUCUCAUUUCCCUACCUGUUGCUGGCAAGAGGACGCCUCUGUGCUUUAAAGAAAAGGGUGGUUAGACCUCGCGCGCUGAAGUCGGGAUAAGAACUUCCAUUUUCUGUUGAUGUGGAGACAUAGGGUACCUCCAACUUUCCGGGGUUUCAGAAGAGAAUUUUUUAUUGAAACUGGAAGACCAAAAUAAUUACAAGCAUGUUGUGCUGGGGCAAUGCAUCCUUUGGACAGCUAGGUUUGGGUGGAAUUGAUGAAGAAAUUGUACUAGAGCCCAGAAAAAGUGACUUCUUUAUAAAUAAAAAGGUCCGAGAUGUAGGAUGUGGACUCAGACAUACUGUAUUUGUUCUGGAUGAUGGAACAGUGUACACUUGUGGAUGUAAUGAUCUAGGACAGCUAGGUCAUGAAAAAUCCAGAAAGAAACCAGAGCAGGUUGUUGCCCUGGAUGCCCAAAAUAUCGUAGCUGUUUCAUGUGGAGAAGCUCAUACGUUAGCGCUAAAUGACAAAGGCCAGGUGUAUGCUUGGGGUCUCGAUUCUGAUGGACAGCUUGGCCUGCUAGGAUCAGAGGAAUGCAUCAGAGUACCCAGAAAUAUUAAAAGUUUGUCAGAUAUCCAGAUUAUACAGGUUGCUUGUGGUUACUAUCAUUCACUUGCACUUUCUAAAGCAAGUGAAGUCUUCUGUUGGGGACAGAAUAAAUAUGGCCAAUUGGGUUUAGGUACUGACUGUAAAAAGCAAACUUCACCACAGCUGAUUAAGUCUUUGCUUGGAAUCCCUUUCAUGCAAGUUGCAGCAGGAGGAGCCCAUAGUUUUGUACUCACCCUUUCUGGAGCUAUCUUUGGAUGGGGACGCAACAAGUUUGGUCAGCUAGGUCUUAAUGAUGAAAAUGAUAGGUAUGUUCCUAAUUUACUAAAGUCACUAAGAUCUCAGAAAAUAGUUUAUAUUUGUUGUGGAGAAGAUCAUACUGCUGCACUAACCAAGGAAGGUGGAGUGUUUACUUUUGGAGCUGGAGGGUAUGGUCAGUUGGGCCAUAAUUCUACCAGUCAUGAAAUAAACCCAAGGAAAGUUUUUGAACUUAUGGGAAGCAUUGUCACUCAGAUUGCUUGUGGACGGCAGCACACUUCUGCUUUUGUUCCUUCAUCAGGACGAAUUUACUCUUUUGGGCUUGGUGGUAAUGGGCAGCUGGGAACCGGUUCAACAAGCAACAGAAAAAGUCCCUUUACUGUAAAAGGAAAUUGGUACCCUUAUAAUGGGCAAUGUCUACCAGAUACUGAUUCUGAAGAAUAUUUCUGUGUAAAAAGAAUUUUCUCAGGGGGAGAUCAAAGCUUUUCACAUUACUCUAAUCCCCAGAACUGUGGGCCACCAGAUGACUUCAGAUGUCCCGAUCCUACAAAGCAGAUCUGGACAGUGAAUGAAGUUCUAAUUCAGAAAUGGCUGAGCUAUCCUUCUGGAAGGUUUCCUGUGGAGAUAGCCAAUGAGAUAGAUGGAACAUUUUCUUCCUCUGGUUGCCUAAAUGGAAGUUUUUUAGCUGUUAGCAAUGAUGAUCACUAUAGAACAGGUACCAGAUUUUCAGGGGUUGAUAUGAAUGCUGCUAGGCUUUUAUUCCACAAACUUAUACAACCUGAUCAUCCGCAGAUAUCUCAGCAGGUGGCAGCUAGUUUGGAAAAGAAUCUUAUUCCUAAACUGACUAGCUCCUUACCUGAUGUUGAAGCAUUGAGGUUUUAUCUUACUCUACCAGAAUGUCCCCUGAUGAGUGAUUCCAACAAUUUUACAACAAUAGCAAUUCCCUUUGGUACAGCUCUUGUGAACCUAGAAAAGGCACCACUGAAAGUACUUGAAAACUGGUGGUCAGUACUUGAACCUCCACUGUUCCUCAAGAUAGUAGAACUUUUUAAGGAAGUUGUGGUACAUCUUUUGAAACUCUACAAGAUCGGUAUUCCCCCUUCUGAAAGAAGAAUUUUCAACAGUUUUCUUCAUACUGCAUUAAAGGUUUUAGAAAUACUGCAUAGGGUAAAUGAGAAAACGGGACAGAUUAUACAGUAUGAUAAAUUUUAUAUACAUGAAGUACAAGAAUUGAUAGACAUAAGGAAUGAUUAUAUCAACUGGGUCCAACAACAGGCCUAUGGAAUGGAUGUCAACCAUGGAUUAACUGAGUUGGCAGAUAUCCCUGUUACAAUCUGUACAUAUCCAUUUGUAUUUGAUGCCCAAGCAAAAACUACUCUGUUACAGACCGAUGCAGUCUUACAGAUGCAGAUGGCUAUUGAUCAGGCCCACAGGCAGAACGUCUCCUCUCUUUUUCUCCCAGUGAUUGAAUCUGUGAAUCCCUGCCUAAUUCUAGUGGUGCGUAGAGAAAAUAUUGUAGGAGAUGCAAUGGAAGUCCUUAGGAAAACAAAGAACAUAGAUUACAAGAAGCCACUCAAGGUUAUAUUUGUUGGAGAAGAUGCUGUGGAUGCAGGAGGGGUGCGCAAAGAAUUUUUCUUGCUCAUCAUGAGGGAAUUAUUGGAUCCUAAGUAUGGCAUGUUUAGGUAUUAUGAAGAUUCCAGGCUCAUUUGGUUUUCUGAUAAGACGUUUGAAGACAGUGAUUUGUUCCAUUUGAUUGGUGUUAUCUGUGGCUUAGCAAUUUAUAAUUUUACUAUUGUGGACCUCCAUUUUCCUUUGGCUUUAUAUAAGAAACUACUGAAAAAGAAGCCAUCCUUGGAUGAUUUGAAAGAACUAAUGCCUGAUGUUGGGAGAAGCAUGCAACAGUUACUGGAUUAUCCAGAAGAUGACAUAGAGGAAACAUUUUGUCUUAAUUUUACGAUCACAGUUGAAAACUUUGGUGCAACAGAAGUCAAAGAGCUGGUUCUAAAUGGUGCAGACACAGCUGUUAACAAACAAAAUCGACAAGAGUUUGUUGAUGCUUAUGUGGAUUACAUAUUCAAUAAAUCAGUGGCUUCCUUAUUUGAUGCUUUUCAUGCGGGCUUUCAUAAGGUCUGUGGAGGAAAAGUCCUUCUGCUCUUUCAGCCUAAUGAACUACAAGCAAUGGUCAUUGGAAAUACAAAUUAUGAUUGGAAGGAACUGGAAAAGAAUACAGAAUACAAAGGGGAAUAUUGGGCAGAACAUCCUACGAUAAAAAUUUUUUGGGAAGUAUUUCACGAAUUACCAUUGGAAAAGAAGAAGCAGUUUCUGUUAUUUUUGACAGGUAGUGAUCGCAUUCCUAUUCUUGGUAUGAAGAGUCUGAAACUAGUCAUCCAGUCAACAGGAGGUGGUGAGGAAUAUCUCCCAGUUUCCCAUACUUGUUUUAAUCUUCUGGAUCUUCCAAAAUAUACAGAUAAAGAAACUCUACGCUCUAAACUGAUCCAAGCUAUUGAUCACAAUGAAGGCUUCAGUUUAAUAUAACUUUGGAGUUCAACUAUUCAGUUUAGUGCAAAAGCAUUAAACUAUUUGUGUUUUUCUUGUGGUGAUGAAUUCAGCAAGGUGACAGAGGUACUAUUAUAAUUCUUACUUGCAGAAUGUUCAAUCUACGAGUGUUCAUGGAAGUCAAAACAUUAAAGGAAAAUGAACAAACUGUUAAUAUUAUUGUACAGAACCAUGGAUUUUUUUGACCAUCUUCCAAUAAACAUAACAAGUAUUGUGAAUACAUUAAAGUUCUACUAACAUGAGUUUUAAGAGUUUGCAUAUUUCAGAAAUGAUCUGGUGUGAGUGCAUGGAAAUAUUGCUUAAUUUUUCUUCAAUCAUUGAGUGAAAAACCUUUAACUUUGGCCUGCAAUAGUCAUUUCAUUAUUUUUUCAUUUUGUAAAUAAUGUUAAGUUUUGUAAUAAAAUAGUUAUGUUCUGAUACCAGUACAGUUUCUAUGGUUGUAAUUGAACUUGAGCAGACUUUUAGAGGUUAAAAAUUAUGAUUUAAAUCUUACUCUGAAACUCUAUAAAAAGAAAAAAAAGGUAGCAUGGUGGAAACACGAUCUUUUCUUUUUUGCUAGCGUAAGUGUCUUUGUGCAAACCUAAAUCACAAAUAGGGAAUAUACUACAUAGCCUGCAGUUCUUUUCUCUUUUGUGAAUCCUGACAUGACAUGCUGAUAGAUGGGGGAUUGUUGAUCAGAGAACUUAUUAAUAUUUAGUACUGGAAGAACUGUCUCCACAGUUGCCAGUAAUAGAAAGAAACAUUGGCUACUAUGAGCACCAAUCACUGGGUUAUAGCUUUCAAAAGUAUUGAUGCUGCAGGGCUUUAGAGCUAUUUCCUUGAAUUUAAGCAGCAAAUCUUAACGGUUUUAUGGUGCUGAUGCUUAGUUAUCUCAUGCCAUUAAAUUGUAAAAGUGAGUUGACGCAAUACCUGUGACUUUCUGCUAGAAUGCAAAUAUUUAUUUUUUAAAUUUAUUUUAAAAUGCCGUGAAAACUGUUUAAUAAAGAUUUAUUGUUUUAAUAUUUAAA